AUGAUCUCUGUGGAGGAUGAGUAUGAUGCAACUGGCAUGUGGCUGUCCAGCUCGGAGACAUGUGUGGCCGUGGGCCAGGAUUGCCCCUGCGGCAGCAACGCCGUGCAAUGUGAGGAUCCCUUCUUUGGCGGCUACAAGUAUUGCACAGCAGAGUUUUGGGGCUGUCCGCUUUACUGUGACCCCAUCACCGAGAAGACCUGCUACCCGGUGGCUUUUACGGAAGACGGAGUGCAGGAUUGGAACGCCCCCAUCAAGGAGAGCUGCCAGAACAUCACCCAGCCCUGCGGCUGCGGCGCGAAUGCCAAGAUGUGCCGUUGGACCGAUGAGUGGGGGUACGAAAACGAGAUCUGCUACCCCACUUCUGUGGCUUGUCCGGUCACGUGCAAAGAAGACGAGCAGCGCUGCUACAUCACCGAUUACGAGGCCAACGGUGCCCCUGGCGUGUACCGGGAGACUUGCGUCAAGGCGGACCAGGUUUGCCCGUGCGGCUCUCACUCGCAGCAGUGCCACGACCCCUACUGGGACUACCACUACUGCUACCCGCUUGUGGACUGGUGGUCCAACAGCACCAUGCGCUGCCCCGUGUACUGCACUGAGGAUGAGGACUACUGCUACAGCCCCAGCUACAACGCGAAUGGCGAGUGGCUGAGCACCGUGGAGACCUGCGUACCAAAGGGGACAAAGUGCAAGUGCACUGGCCAGAAUUCCUUCUCAUGUGACUUCAACGAGUGGGGGUACAGCUGGACGGAAUGCCUUCCAAUCGAAGGAGGCUACUGCCCACCCACGUGCGCCGAUGGUGAGGUCAGCUGCCCCAUUGUGGACGACUACAAGCCCGACGGCUCCUGGUUGGGCUGGGCCGACCCAUCCACGAAGUGCGCCGCCAACUGGGACAGCUGCCCCUGCGGGACGGAGGCCAAGUCCUGCCCCGGCGCCACCGCCAUGCGCUGCAUCUUCAAGGACGAGGAGUGCCCCGUGGUUUGCACGGGGAAGCAGAAGAAGUGCUGGAUCACGGACUUCACUCAGACGGAGGAGUACAUCAGCGACCGCGAGAUCUGCGUGGCCGAGGAUGAGACGUGCCCUUGUGGGCAGAACACCCAGCGAUGCCCUGGUUCGGACACCUGCCUCCUGCCCUCGGAGGCCAGUUUGGUGUGCCCUUGCGACGCCUCCGAGAAGCAGUGCAACGUCGUGGACUAUACCUCCUCGGGGAAGCAGAGCAACAUCAGCGUCCAGUGCAUCAACAAGGGCGCCAAGUGCCCCUGCGGCUCAAACUCCCUGACGUGCCCGGAUCCCAACGACGCGGAGGAGAACAUCUGCCGGCCCAAGUACAGUGGCACCGUUCUCAACAGCUGCCCAAAGGCCUGCACGCCGGAACAGGAGACCGCUGGCAACAGGACCUGUAUCCAGACGCACCUCACAGGUGAGGGCGCAUUCCGCUCCGAGAGCAUCAGCUGCGUGAAGCCAACAAACUGCAUCGCUGGAGAGAACAUGCAGAAGUGCCCCUCGGGCACCCACAUCCCUGCCUGGAAGCAGUGCAAGGACCCCCCGCCUUGA